AGGCAAUGUGCGUAAUUUAAUUGAAAACUGUAGGGGCAGUUUCGGUUGUUGAUGAUGCUCAGCUCACAAGCUGACGGCAACCGCCACCUUUCCUUCCUUCUUCGCCGCUCCUGGAUUCUUAUAGUACAGUUACGAUCAGAGGGAGAGAGAGAUAUUCCGAGUGAGUGCCCCGGAGGAAAGUUUGAGAGAGGUUGCGCUUGCGCAUGCUAGCUAGAGGUACAAAAUGGUGAUGCCGGAGUCGUCUGAAGGUCACCGUACGGCUUCUCGGCGAGCAAAUCGACCGCUUGUCGGACCUAGGGUUCCACUGAGACGGUUACUAAGAGUCGCAUCUAUCGCAUGUGGAAUUCAAUUCGGUUGGGCUUUGCAGCUCUCUCUUCUCACUCCUUAUAUUCAAGAGCUUGGUAUUCCUCACGCCUGGUCUAGUCUUAUAUGGCUCUGUGGACCGAUUUCUGGUCUCUUUGUUCAACCGCUCGUUGGUCAUAUGAGCGAUCACUGCACCAGCCGAUACGGUCGUCGGAGGCCGUUCAUCGUCGCUGGAGCGCUUUCUAUAGUACUCGCUGUUUUGGUUAUUGGUCACUCUGCAGACCUUGGUUGGUGGAUUGGUGACAGAGGUGAUGUUAGGCCUCGUGCGAUUGUAUUCUUUGUGGUUGGCUUUUGGAUUCUCGAUGUAGCUAACAACGUCUCCCAAGGUCCUUGUAGAGCUCUGCUUGCUGAUCUUACCGGAAAGGAUCAUCGAAGGAAUCGAGUGGCAAAUGCUUAUUUUUCUCUAUUUAUUGCUGUUGGUAAUAUUUUUGGAUAUGCAACUGGAUCUGUUAGUGGCUUGUACAAGAUCUUCCCAUUUACUCUCACCUCUGCAUGUUCUGUUAAUUGUGCAAAUCUCAAGUCAGCUUUCUUGAUUGAUAUCGUGUUCAUUGCAAUUACAACAUAUUUGAGUGUAUCGGCAGCUCAAGAGAUACCUCUAGUUUCAAACGACAGGUCCUCCCUGGUUGUAGAAGAAAGUAUGGGGGAGUCAGGUCAUGCUUCAGAAGCAUUUUUCUGGGACUUGUUUCACACUUUUAGACACUUCUCUGGUUAUAUAUGGGUAAUUUUGCUUGUCACUUCCCUGACAUGGAUAGCAUGGUUUCCAUUUAUUCUCUUUGAUACUGAUUGGAUGGGUAGAGAGAUUUAUGGUGGCAAGCCAAAUGAAGGACAGACUUAUAGUUCGGGAGUCAGAAUGGGAGCAUUUGGUCUGUUGUGUAACUCUGUUGUCCUCGGAAUAACUUCACUACUUAUGGAGAAGCUGUGCAGAAAGUGGGGUGCUGGUUUCAUAUGGGGAAUCUCUAAUAUUUUUAUGGGUAUAUGUUUUCUUACUAUCCUGGUUGUUACGUAUGUGGCAAACAAUAUGGGCUAUAUAGGUCACGAUCUCCCACCAAAUAGUAUUGUAUCAGCUGCAUUGAUUAUCUUUGCUCUUCUUGGCGCCCCUUUGGCAAUUACUUACAGUGUUCCAUAUGCCAUGAUCUCCUCACGCGCUGAAUCUUUACAACUUGGUCAAGGUGAGAUUCAUGUUAUUUUCUUCAAAUGGAAGACUAGAGGGCUGCUUAUUGUGGAGUUGCUUCUUGCAGGUUUGUCUGCGGGUGUCUUGAACUUAGCAAUAGUUUUCCCACAGGUUGUGGUGUCCCUGGGAAGUGGACCAUGGGAUCAGCUGUUUGGUGGUGGAAACUCUCCAGCUUUUGCUGUGGCAGCACUUGCAGCCUUUGCAAGUGGACUCAUUGCCAUCUUGGCUCUUCCUCGGUCUGGUGCUCAGAACCCCAGAAACCUCACAUGAGAGAGUUCUGCUGUUUGAUACUUACCCUUCACCUACAUCAACUGAUAGAGCCAAAGACACAUGGGAUCUGACAUGGGGUUGUGUUAUGAGUUUCAGAGAAGUAAUAUCUUAUACAAAGGAAACAAAUGAAAAACUGGUCCUUUUGUGCAGCUGCUGCUCAGAGUGAUAAAGAGAAGUUUCUGGCUUGUUGAUGAUGGUAGGGCUGUGUGCCUCAGCUAAGGACACAGUCCCCCCAACUUCUCUUCCCUCUAUAGAGACAGCCUCAUCUGUGUUGGGAGAAAAGGGAUACAUAUUUAAUGCUUUUAAUUGGUUCACCUAAAUCUGUGUGUUCCCUUUCUCCCAUCUGCUCCUUCUUCACACAGCCAUUCCACUGUCACCUUCCCCAUUAACAUACAUACUCUCUUCUCUUAUCAGGUGGUCCCAUUCUUAAUACACAGCAGCAACAGCAGCAACAGCAGCAUUACCCAUGAAGAAUCCUCUUCUCUUUUUUAAUCAUCUAUAACCAAAUAAGAUGACAAACUCUUCUUGAGGGUUCUUUUUUUCUUCCUUUUUUUGCAUUUUCAAGUAUCCUCCUUGUGAUGAUGGAUUUUGACCCCUCCCUCCCUUCUCAAAAAUCCACUCCUAAUCUCCUCUCUUCGGUUGUUUUUAUUGUUAUUAGGCUAUAAUUCUUCCUCCUCCUCCUAAGCCCAAAGGUUUUACCCACCUGGAAUAACAACAACAAUAAUAAUAGGUCCAAAUCAACUAAUGGGGUAGAGAUGUUAGCCCAUUUCAAGUCUGGAUUCCUGCAAGAAAAAUACAGGAGGGAAAGAGAAGUAAAGAGGUGUUCCAUCCAUUGUAAAUUGUGAUCAUCUCAUGGCCCCCACCUUUUUUUGAUCGUUAGUCUAAAAUAGUAUUGUAAUUAUUGAUUGGAAUGAUGUUAUUAGGGGUUUAAUUUGUCACAAAAUCUCCAAGAGGGGAUCACAAAAUCUUAACAAUCCUAUUCCACUUCCAAAGGGGCUUAAAAACAAUCUCCACCCCCCACACCAUAAGUGUAUGUAGAUAUAUAUAUAUAAUAUAAUAAUAUUAUUAUUAUUAUUAUUCCUUCCCAA